GCAGCCAUUAUGAGCAACACCAGCAUGAACAUGAGGGGCAAGAUCAUCUUCUACGAGGACAGGAACUUCCAGGGUCGUUCCUAUGAGUGCAUGAGCGACUGCUCUGACAUGUCCUCCGUCCUGAGCAGGUGUCACUCCUGCAGGGUGGAGAGUGGCUGCUUCAUGGUCUAUGACCGCCCCAACUUUGUGGGAAACCAGGUUCUCAUGAGGAGGGGAGAGUACGCUGAUCCCAUGAGCAUGAUGGGAAUGAGGGACUGCAUCAAGUCUUGCCGUAUGAUCCCCAUGCACAGGGGUCAGUUCAGGAUGAGGAUCUUCGAGAGGGAGAACUUCAAUGGUCAGAUGCAUGAGCUGCUGGACGACUGUGACAACAUCAUGGAGCGCCUCCGUAUGUCCGACUGCCUGUCCUGCAGCGUGAUGGAUGGCCACUGGCUGCUGUUCGAGCAGCCCCACUUCAGAGGCAGGAUGAUGUACCUGAGGCCUGGAGAGUACAGGAGCUUCAGGGACCAGGGCAUGAGCAACAUGAGGUUCAUGAGCAUGAAGCGUAUCAAUGAGUCUUGCUAA